AUGGGACACAAAGCAUUUUCCGUGCUCGGCCUGGUCACCUCUUUGGCAGUAUUUCUUCUAGCGCUGCAAACCGUCUGUGGUGAUGUGUCUUAUUCUUUUCCGGAGGAGAUAAAACGCGGCUCGAUUGUUGGAAAUAUAGCGAAAGAUAUUGGACUUGAGGUGGGCAAACUGAGUGCUCGAAAGGCUCGCCUUGAUGCAGACGGAAACAGCAAGCGGUAUUGUGACAUUAAUCUGAGUACCGGAGAUAUCAUUGUUGCCGAAAGGAUUGACAGAGAGGGGCUUUGUGGCAAAAAGGCAUCUUGCGUUUUAAAACAGGAACUUGUUCUAGAGAACCCUUUAGAGCUGCACCGCAUUACUGUUCACGUCCAAGAUAUCAACGAUAAUUCACCCCAGUUUAAAAAGAAUACAAUAAAAUUUGAAAUUAGUGAAUCGGCUAAUAAAGGAAGUCGCUACCGUCUAGAUGAGGCCCACGAUGCAGAUGUCGGACAAAACGCCAUCCAAGGCUAUAGUAUCGAGGCAAAUGAAUACUUCAGAUUGAAUGUUAUUGCAAAAGGCGGAGGAGGGAAAUAUAGCGAAUUAGUUUUAGAGAAAGAGCUGGAUAGAGAACAACAGCAUGAGCUAACAAUUGUGCUUGUGGCGACAGACGGAGGCACACCUCAGAGAUCAGGUACCGCAGUCAUACAUGUCACUGUGCUGGAUGCUAAUGAUAACGCCCCAGUGUUUAGCCAGGCCGUUUAUAAAGCCAGUCUGCCUGAAAACUCUCCUCUGGACACUGUAGUGGUCACUGUGAGCGCCACUGAUGCAGACGAGGGAAUCAAUGGGGAGGUGACUUAUGAAUUUGAUCACAUUUCUGAUGAAAGUAAUAACGUGUUUUCUCUUGAUGAAACAACUGGUGAGGUCAGAGUAAGUGGAUCAAUAGAUUAUGAGGAAAUGUCAGUCUAUGAACUGCAAAUUACAGCCAAGGAUGGUCUUGGAUUAGUGUCAUCCUCUACAUUAAUGAUUGAUAUCACAGAUGUCAAUGACAAUGCCCCCCUUACGUUCAUUAAGUCACUGACAAAUCCCAUACCAGAAGACACCCCACCUGGUACAGAGGUGGGCAUCAUAAAUGUGCAGGACAGAGACUCUGAGAAUAACAGACAGGUCC